AGACACAAUCAUUUCACUUUCCUCCUCUAGAUUAAUUGCACACAUUCACACAUACAACACGCACACAGCAGACAGAGACGAUCACGUCUCGCGUUGCCAGGAUGUGCGAUGAAGGUGUGGAGUGGCUGUUCGAGCUGCUGCAGGACGUGCAGCUGUCUCAGUUCGUGACGCCGAUAAGGGAUGACCUCCAGAUCACCAGGCUGGACCAUUUCGACUAUGUGAAACAGGAAGACUUAGAGAAGAUCGGAAUCAGCAGACCAGGUAUACGGAGACUCCUGGACGCGGUGAAGAAACGCAAGGGGCAGCAAUGGAAGAAGAAUUUAUUGACAAAGAUUAUACCUAGCGCGCAGAAGAGCGGUUCGAAGAAGACGCAAGCGGAGCCGGAAUCGCUCUCGCUGAGUUUGACCUGCUUGAUCCAGGAACGGGAUAUCACGUUGGGCGUCAAACUGGGCGACGGUUCCUUCGGCGUCGUCAAACGCGGCGAAUGGACGAGCCCCACGGGUCGAAGCAUGCCGGUCGCCGUUAAGGUGCUCAAAGCGGACGCUCUGACGCAACCAGGAGUCUUCGACGAUUUCAUCAAAGAGGUGCAAUCCAUGCACAUACUCAGCCAUCCAAAUCUCAUAAGGUUGUAUGGGAUCGUGUUGACUGCACCGAUGAUGAUGGUGACCGAGCUGGCUCCACUGGGAUCUCUCCUCGACUGCCUCAGGAAGCAGUGCACCCACACUCCGGUCAAUCUGCUGUGCGAGUACGCCUCUCAAGUUGCAACCGGGAUGGCUUAUCUCGAAUGCAAGCGAUUCCUGCACAGAGAUUUGGCGUGCAGAAACGUGCUUCUCGCUUCCGUGGAUAAGGUGAAGAUCGGCGAUUUCGGGCUGAUGAGAGCGCUCCCCCAGCAGGAAGACUGCUACGUGAUGACGGAGCACAAGAAGGUGCCUUUCCCGUGGUGCGCUCCAGAAUCGCUACGCUCAAGACAAUUCUCGCACGCAUCCGAUGUUUGGAUGUUCGGCGUUACCGUGUGGGAGAUGUUCACAUUCGGCGAAGACCCGUGGAUGGGUUUGAUCGGUUCCGAGAUUUUGAGGAAGAUCGACCGAGAAGGUGAGAGGUUGCAUUAUCCGGAUUCGUGUCCUCUGGAAAUAUACGAAGUUCUCUUGCAAACGUGGGCGAGGAAUCCGCAGGACAGACCGACCUUCGCCACGCUGAAGGAGUUCUUCAGGAAAACGAAACCGCCCAUCAUGAAGGUGUUGAGUAAGCAGGACGAUGCGGAUAAGCUGCAAGUGAAUGUCGGCGACGAGGUGGCAAUCAUCGAGGGCAGCGCUGAUCUCUACUGGUGGAAAGGUCAGAGCCAGAGGACGUUCGAAAUCGGAAUAUUCCCAAGAUGCAUAGUGAAUCCGAACAGACCGAAGCAGGGCGAGGACAUCAGCAAACCGCUGCACAACUCGUUCAUACACACGGGCCACGGAUCGGCGUUCGGGGAUUCCUGGGGAAGUCCUUCGUACAUCGACGAAAUGUACCUGAGGAAUCCGAUGGAACCGUCGGACAUCAUCGGGAUGCCGUACGAGAGCGCCGCUUCCACACGUCCGACGUCCUUUUCAUCGACGUCCAGCGCCACCUUGCAAAGCGUCUCCGCCAUCCAGAAAGUCUACAAACAUUCCACAGGUUCGUUGCGACGACCAUCCGAGAAGCAGUUCAACUACAGAAAGUUGAACAACGAACGGGGUGCUGCUUCGGAUGGUGGAAGCGUUCGACGAAAACCGGAGAGACCGCCGGCGCCGAACACCGAAGGUGUCCUCAUAGACAUUUCACCUGAGAGCAGCAGUAACACGCCGAUGAGGUGCACCGCGUUGGAGACCGGCAUGUCCAGGGUGUCGCUCAUGGAUGAACCAAUAGAUGUCCCAGAGAACGAUGAUGGUGCAUCUCCGCCGCCUUACAGCUUUCCACCAUCUUACUGCAAUACCGCCGGAUUGAACAUGAUGGAUCCGUUCGAUACUUCGUCUGUAUUCGCGAGUUGCAAUUUGGAGCAACAACAACAAGUCGUAGAUACGGAUUUGGGCUCGCAGAACUAUUUGAACGAGUGUCGGAGCAGCAGUCAGACGACGUCUCCGGACAAGAGCUUCUACUCCUCGAGUAACCAUCACCUGCAGCAAUCGGAGCAAACGGUGUCCAGCAGGAGUUUGAUGAAUGCCAUCAAGUUGGAGCAGCAGCAGCAGCCGCAACAGCCGGUGAUGGUGAUGCCGCAGAAGAACUUGCACAUAGAACCGGUGGAUAGCGGCAAGUUCGUCGCCGAUUUGGAGAGAUGCCUGUACUUGCGAUCGCCCGAAAUUCCUGCCAUCGAACCGCCGCCGCCGAAGGUGCUGCCCAAGCAGAGCAAUCUGUUGCCGCUGAGUCCGAAAGUGCCGAACGGAAGCGUCAGCAACGUCUACUCCAACGAGUUCGGCAGUUUCAAGUCGAACAAUCACUACGCCAUCUACAACAACAGUCCACUCUACUCGUCCGUCUACGAGAGCUCGAACGCCUACAACAGACGCAACGAUAUUUACAAAGCGGUGAGCACCACGUACGAGGAUCAGGUUUACUCGGAGAUUCCCGAGAACGAGUACAGCAUGGUACCAGAAGAUCUACUGAAACCGCACAGACCGGCACCCUCGACGCCCAUAAGUAUGCAGCAGAUGCAGCGCAGACUGCAGCAAUCACAGUUGAGCUUCGACGCUGAAAGAUUGAUGACGCAAGAGUACAGGGAGAACAAGGUCAGCCAGCUUCAGGACGCCGUCCCCGAUGUGACCGUCGACGAGUGCGUCACGGUUCUUCAAUCGAAAGGUUGGGACCUGAACGCCUCCAUACGACACAUCAAGAUCGACAAGUUGGUCAGACUGGGAUUGGCCGAGAGGGAGCAAUGCGAGCGAGUGUUGCAGAGGGUCAACUGGAACGUGGAGCUUGCCGCCUCCUCCAUUCUCGACGCCUGAGCCGUUUCCUCGCCAAAUGCAAGAUCGACGGAUAUCGAUGAUGAACGAGGAGAGGAGCAGAAAAAAUACCGACGAAUGCCUUCGUCACGGUGCAUCGCCGUGACCCGAUCUGUGAUCUGUGACACGCUUACUCAAUACGACGCCCCGCCCACCCACAUUUGCCAGUUCGGUCGACGACGCCUUCCCAUUUUAAUUUGCCGCCCCCCGCCUACGUGGAUUUCUCUUUGCGCGCCCGCGUGAGAACCGCCUACGACUACGAGAAUAGUAGGCGUGUGGUGGUGACUUUUCAAAGCCAUUGUUGAUUUAGGUGUAGGGUAAUUUUAUAAGUGCCAAAGACUUGAUUGCGUAAGCCAAAUAUUGUUAGGAAAACACGAACGAUCAAAAAA